AUGACUAUUAGAGUGGCAUUUCUAGGUCCAGAAGGUACAUACACUCAUCAAGCGGUUUUACAACAAUUCGGAAUUAAUGAUGUUGGAAUAUCUCCACAACAAUCAAUUGGAGACUGUUUUCAAGCUAUUAACACCCACAUUGUUGACUUUGCUGUAGUUCCUUUCGAAAACUCAACUAAUGGACAAGUAGUAUUCACGUAUGACCUACUUCGAGAUUGGUUCUUGAAUGAAGAGAAACAGUGUCAUUUUAAAAUCGUUGGUGAACAAUUUGUAUCAAUACAUCACAACUUAUUAAGUAAUGGAUCAUUGGAAGAUAUUGAAACUAUAUAUUCUCAUCCACAAGUAUGGACCCAGGUAGGAGGAUAUUUGUCUACAUUGCGAAAAGGUAUUACAAAAAUUGAUGUAGGGUCAACUUCAAAAGCAGCCGAAUUAGUCAGCCACGACAAGACGAACAAAUCAGCAGCCAUUUCCUCACUAAUGAGCUCAAAACUAUAUAAUCUACCAAUUCUCAAGGCAAACAUAGAGGAUAAUGUGAGCAAUACUACUAGGUUUUUGAUAUUAGGAUAUAAUGAUCUUCCAGUACACGACAAUAACAAUAAAGAAGUUCAAAUAGUCACAUCAAUAAUGUUUACACUCCCACACGAUGACCCAGGGGCGUUAUGUGAUGUACUUGUAAAGUUCAAGGAGAAUGGAAUCAACUUAACCUCAAUCAGUUCGAGACCUGCCAACUUACAACCUUGGCAAUAUGUAUUCUUCGUUGAAACUAUCGGCAAAAUAAGCACUGAUGUUCUCAAGAGUAUUCAAAAAUUGUGUCGAGACGUUGCAAUCUUGGGUGAAUUUGAUCGGAACUGGCGAUUUAAUCAAACCUAA